AGCAGCGCUCGGUGUUUACACAUGUCUGUGUGCUCACGUGGGGGAUCUUUCCAAUAUUAAAAUGUCUUCAAAGAAAAAUAAAAGCAAAUCUAAAAGACUGAGUGAGGGGGACAGCUCCCUGCUACUGAACGAGGGGUCCAAUGACUCCUCCGGCCUGCAGACAUCCCGCAGCGAUGGAGGAAGCUGCAAAAGUUUGAACUGCAACUCAUUCAUUGUCAACGAUUUCAUUGAUAAAGCUGAUGACAAAACACCCAAGAGUUGCAGAUCGAUUUUAGUCCAACUCAGCCUGAACUCAAUGAAGUCAGCCAGUGUUUGCAUCGGGAGGCCGGUGCUGCUGACGAGUCCCACCGGACAACAAGAGGUGUGUUUAGGAUGGCCGGUUGCCACGUUUCCUAGUGGUAAAGUUGGUCUUCAGAAAUGUGCUCAGAAUAACCUGAGAGUGAAGUCAGGAGGAGAGGUGAUGCUGCACCCCAUCACAGGUCCUGUGCUUCAGGCUGUGGAGGUGGUUCUCUCCAACAGGUCAAAAGACGAGACACUAGAGACAGAGGAGUUCAAGAGCUUCUUACUGAGGUCUCUGGUUGGGAACAUCCUCCUGCCAGGAAAUGUCGUCCCCUUGACCUACUUCGGCCGGUCAUGCAAUCUCCGGGUGGAGACCAUAAGAGGGGAGGAUGGAGUCUGCCUCCACAGACCUUCUCCCCCCUCAGGACCCCCCCCUGACCCAGAGGAGUCCUCCGUGAUGGACUCAGUGCUGGACUCCACCUCAGCCGACCUCUCCCUGCAGCUCAGCCUGCUCACUGUGGACGAUAACGGCUCUGACGGGGCCCCGAGCUCAAAUGGAGAGUCGGGUCCUGCAGCCAGCACCCCACGCCGACCUGCCCACCUCCCCCACCCCCACCUCUCCUCCCUCUCCUCCCCCCCUGCUCCCUGCACCCCGUCCUCCCAUGAUUCUCCUGCAGAGGGGUCUUACAGUCUGGAGAGCUCACAGCAGGCUGAUAGUGUCCCCACAGCUCCCCCUGGUGGAGCUCAGAGUUCUGACACCUUCUACUGCCUCUCCUGCUCCACUAAAGUCAGCUUCAGAGACAGAGCAGGGCAGGAGGACCCAGAUGCUGAAGCUCAAAGGUCAAAGGUCAAAUACUGCAUGAUUGGUGGGCUCAGCAGCCAGCUGGACGUCAUCAGAGAGACCAUCGAGCUUCCUCUGAAACAUCCAGAGUUAUUCUCCAAAUAUGGUAUCCCACCUCCCCGAGGAGUCUUACUAUACGGUCCCCCAGGCACCGGGAAGACUAUGAUUGCACGAGCCAUAGCCAAUGAGAUUGGAGCUCACAUGACGGUCAUCAACGGCCCAGAAAUUGUUAGCAAAUUUUAUGGUGAAACGGAGGCAAAGCUAAGGCAGAUAUUCACUGAGGCGUCUCAGAGACAACCUGCGAUAAUCUUCAUCGAUGAGCUGGACGCUCUGUGUCCCAAGAGAGACGGAGCGCAGAACGAGGUGGAGAAGCGAGUCGUUGCUUCUCUGCUGACUCUGAUGGACGGGAUUGGUUCAGAGGGUCACUCAGGUCAGCUGAUAGUUCUGGGGGCCACAAACCGGCCCCAUGCCAUCGACCCCGCCCUGCGCCGCCCAGGACGCUUCGACAAGGAGCUGGAGGUGGGAGUUCCUACUGCUGCCGAGCGUGCAGAUAUUCUGCAGAAGCAGCUGAGCUUCGUGCCGUGCAACGCCACCAGCGAGGAGGUGACGCAGCUGGCCGACGCUGCCCACGGAUACGUAGGAGCGGACCUCGCAGCUGUUUGCAAAGAAGCAGGUUUGCAUGCACUGAGGCGAGCACUUGGUGGCUCCUACCAUCAGUCGGACCAGCAGCUGAUGGGCACGGUGACGGUCACUCUGCAGGACCUCCAGUGGGCCAUGACUGUUGUGAAGCCAAGCGCCAUGAGGGAGGUCGCCAUCGAUGUCCCCAAGGUUCGCUGGUCGGAUGUUGGCGGGAUGGAGGAGGUGAAGCUGAAACUGAAGCAGGCCGUGGAGUGGCCCCUGAGGCACCCCGAGGCCUUCACCCGGAUGGGCAUCCAGCCCCCUAAAGGAGUCCUGCUGUACGGCCCCCCUGGCUGCUCCAAGACCAUGAUCGCCAAGGCGCUGGCCAAUGAGAGCGGACUGAACUUCCUUGCUAUAAAAGGUCCAGAGUUACUGAGCAAGUAUGUUGGAGAGUCUGAACGAGCCGUGAGAGAGGUGUUUAGGAAGGCGCGGGCCGUCGCUCCGUCCAUCGUCUUCUUUGAUGAGAUCGACGCUCUCGCCAGUGAGAGAGGAAGCUCCUCGGGCUCCGGCGGUGUCGGCGACCGCGUCCUCGCUCAGCUCCUGACAGAGAUGGACGGCAUCGAGCAGCUCCGAGACGUCACCGUGUUGGCCGCCACCAACCGACCCGACAUGAUCGAUAAGGCUUUGAUGCGUCCAGGUCGCCUUGACCGAAUCAUCUACGUUCCUCUUCCAGAUGCUCCGACCCGACAGGAAAUAUUUUCUCUCCUGUUCCGCAACAUGCCUGUAGCCCAAAAUGUGUCAAUUGAAGACCUGGUGACCCGGACCGGCAAGUACUCUGGAGCUGAGAUAACGGCAGUAUGCAGAGAGGCUGCCCUACUGGCCCUGCAAGAGGACAUCAAAGCUCAGCUCAUCGAGGCCAGACACUUUGAAAGUGCCCUGAACACUGUGAAGCCCCGGAUCCCCGACUCUCUCAUCCAGUCCUACAUCAGCUAUCAGCAGGACCGCAGCGGCCUGUGCUUCUUCUGAGCAGGUUGCCAUGGAACAAGUCAAACUAAGGAACUUUUCUCAAAGGAAAUGUAAUGUUAUUUUGGAAAUAAAUGGUUUCAGCUACCCUGGUUUGCUGUAUAAUUAUGAUAAGGAAGUGACAUGUAAACCAGCUGAACAUGAAGUGCUAAAUAAACAAUUCCCAAACUGG